AUGACGAACUGGCCCGACAUCCACAUCCAGCCCGCUAAGGGCGUCCCUUUCUAUACUCCAGCCCAGACUCCUGCAGCCGGCACUGCGCGUGAUCCUCAAACGAGUGGCAAGCCAAUCCCCAAGCUCUUCCGCCCAUUCACUAUUCGCGGAACGACAUUCCAGAACCGCCUGGCUUUGGCUCCCAUGUGCCAAUAUAGCGCCGACGACGGGCACAUCACACCCUGGCACCAGGCCCACUAUGGAGGAAUCGCUCAACGGGGCCCUGGAUUGAUGAUCGUCGAGGCAACCGGGGUAUCACCCGAGGGUCGCAUUACCCCCGGCUGUCUGGGUCUCUGGAAGGAUUCGCAGAUUGGCCCACUGAAGCAAGUAAUCGACUUCGCGCAUAGUCAAGGACAGAAGAUCGGUGUCCAGCUCGCCCAUGCCGGACGCAAGGCAUCUACCCUUCCUCCCUGGGUUGGUGGAGGUACUGCGACAGAUGCUGUGGGUGGUUGGGUCGACAAUGUAAAGGGACCUAGUGCUAUCCCGUUCGCCGAGGGCAACAUCGUCCCUCAUGCAAUGAAUGCCCAGGAAAUCCAGGACCUCAAAGAAGACUGGGUGGCAGCCACGAAGCGGGCACUCGCUGCCGGCGCCGACUUUAUCGAGAUCCACGCCGCGCACGGCUACCUCCUCUCCUCAUUCUUGAGCCCGUCUUCCAACCAACGGACCGAUGCCUAUGGCGGUAGCUUCGAAAAUCGCAUGCGCCUAACUCUUGAGAUUGCCCAACUCACACGCGAUACUGUUGGCUCCCAUAAACCUGUUUUCCUGCGCGUCUCCGCUACAGACUGGCUCGAGAGCCCGGAUGACAAGGGUUGGAAGGUCGAAGAUACGGUCGAGUUCUCUCGCGCUCUCGCCGAACAAGGAGCCAUCGAUCUUAUUGACAUUAGCAGCGGCGGUGUGCAUGCCGCGCAGAAGAUCAAGGGCGGUCCCGCGUUCCAGGCUCCCUUUGCUGCGGCCGUCAAGAAAGCCGUUGGCGAUCGCUUGCUGGUCGCCGCUGUUGGGAUGAUCAACAAUGGCCACCUUGCCGAAAAGGUUCUGCAAGACGACAACCUUGAUGUGAUUAUGGCUGGCCGGGCAUUCCAACGUGAUACCGGCUUGGUGUGGCACUUUGCCAAGGACUUGGAUGUUGAGAUUGGCAUGGCGGCUCAGAUCCGAUGGGGCUUUACCAGCUUCCGCAAUGCUUCAGAGUAUAUUCAGCCCAACUCGAUGAAAGCGUCUAUCUUUGACUAG